GAGCUUGAUCCCGGGACCCUGGGAUCAUGACCUGAGCCGAAGGCAGACACUUAACAACUGAGCCACCCAGGUGUCCCAGGGAUAUCUUAUUCUAACAAUUUUCAUUCUAGAUUAUAACCUGUUUCUAUAAUUACUUUUUGGGUUAUUACAAGAUGGUUCAGAAUAUUAGAAUUGCCCUGUACUUUACAGGAUGAAUCCAGAUUCUUUGCUGAUAGAUGCUGUGAUUAUUAUUAUCUGAUAAUUACUUGUGCAUAUCAAAGCAUUGGGUUAAUUAAGGUGGGCUGUUAGAUUAUAUGCAUGCUAUGAAAUACAAGUUAUUAAUAAGUUAGACUUGGGUUUAUUGGCCUGGAAUUUAUGAUGUGACUUUAGAGGAAAACAGGUUACAGAAUGAUUUUAUAAAUGCAUAUCUCCCUGUUUUUCCUUAAAAGAAAAAAGUGGGAGAAACCUUGACACUAGUGUGAAUACAUAUUUGUAUAAGCAAAAAAAACCAGAAGAUCUACACCAGAAAAUAUUACUACUUUUAAGAAAGUGAGAUUUGGAAAGAUGGAAGGAGAUCACUUCUCUGUUUAUGUCUUAUUAUUCAGAUUCUUAUGGAAAAACUUGAAAGGCUCAGCAGAAAGCAGGGCCCUUAAUCUGAAAAGUUUUAGGAGACCAAGGCCAGUUCUUAAUUUCAGAACUGAUUUCCACCAGCAAUCAGUUAAGUCAGCUCCUGCUGAUUUUGAGUUUAUUGUUUGAAUAGGAGGUGUGCACUUGAUAAUCUCCUUAGCUACAAGUCUGAUGCCCCAAUUGUUUAAAAUGCUGUGCUUGGUAUUUCUCUUUAUUUUGCUAAUAAGCUUUUUCCUUGUCCUGGGAAUUAAAAUCCUUUCCUCUCCAGCCCAAUUAAGUUUGUUAAGGGAGGGCUUCUAUGAAAAGGCCCUUCUUUGAGGUCUUUAAGUGGAAAUGAUUGGUUCUGAAAAUUCUUCCUUCAGUGGUUCUUAAAAAAUUUCAUAAUUAUUGAAGGCUCAUUAUGAAGGCUGUCUCAAUUUCUUCCCUCCAAAAUGCUAAGGAAUAAUUUAGACAACAGUACAGACUCUAAACAAGAAGAUGGCUCGGUCUUUUCACAGACUGAACACAGUAUUGUUGCAGCUUACUUGAUCACAGCAGGUAUAAUAAGUAUUUUCAGCAACCUAAUAGUUCUGGGCAUCUUCAUUAAGUACAAGGAACUUCGGACACCCACAAAUGCAAUUAUCAUUAACCUGGCUGUUACUGAUAUAGGGGUCAGUAGCAUUGGAUAUCCCAUGUCAGCAGCUUCAGAUCUGUAUGGAAGUUGGAAAUUUGGAUAUGCAGGAUGCCAGAUUUAUGCUGGGCUGAAUAUCUUUUUCGGAAUGGCAAGUAUUGGAUUACUCACUGUCGUGGCCGUAGAUCGAUACCUGACCAUCUGUAGUCCGGACACAGGAAGAAGAAUGACCACCAACACUUAUAUCGGCAUGAUUCUAGGGGCCUGGCUCAAUGGUCUCUUUUGGGCUUUGAUGCCUAUCAUAGGGUGGACUAGUUAUGCCCCAGAUCCUACUGGGGCUACUUGUACCAUAAACUGGCGGAAGAAUGAUGCAUCUUUUGUUUCUUUCACGAUGACAGUUAUUGCAGUAAAUUUUAUUGUGCCCUUGAUGGUGAUGUUUUACUGCUAUUACUAUGUCACUCGAUCCAUUAAAUGUCGUACUACUAGUAACUGCACUGAGUACCUCAACAGAGAUUGGUCAGAUCAGGUAGAUGUAACAAAGAUGUCUGUGAUAAUGAUACUCAUGUUUCUGGUGGCAUGGUCCCCUUAUUCCAUUGUGUGUUUAUGGGCUUCUUUUGGUGACCCAAAGAAGAUUCCUCCCUCAGUGGCCAUCAUAGCUCCGCUGUUUGCAAAAUCUUCUACAUUCUACAAUCCCUGUAUUUACGUGGUUGCUAACAAAAAAUUUCGGAAGGCAAUGUUUGCCAUGUUCAAAUGUCAGAUUCACCAAGCAACGCCCAUGAUGAGUAUUUUACCAAUGGACGUAUCUCAAAAUCCACUGGCUUCUGGAAGAAACUGAAGUAAGAGAAAAAGUACACAGUGUCAAAAUAUUUUAUUUACCUUAUUCCCCAGUGGUUUAGUUUUAUUUUAAAUAUGAUCCUGUUUAGAUCAGAUGCAAACAGAGAUUAUUUUCUUAUUAGACCCUAAAUUCCCCAAGUUUAGCUCCUCAUUCUUCUGUUUAUAGGAUGGCUAUUGUAGUGAUUGUUUAUUUUCUUCAUGUAAAUUUACUGUUCAUCUCCUUUGAUGACUCUAGGCAUGUGAGAUUAAGGCCCAUUCCCUUUCUCCCAAUCAUGGGAUUCAUUAUACUAUAUCAGUGACUUCGUAACUUGUCUAGGCUCACCAUUAGAUUAGAAGUAGCCACUAUUUUAAUGUUAAAAUAAAUAAAUAAUAAUGAUAAUAAUAAUAAUAGUCUUCAAUAAGUAAAUUACUGAAAUGAGUUGUUGGAUGUUCCUAGGUAGAUGGAAAAAUAUUUAAGCAUUUCACACUUCUCAAAUUGUAAUACAAUUAUUAACUUCUACUAUUUAACAAAAAUAUUAAACACUGUUGCUUCUAAAUCACAUUAGCUGAUGUACAUAUAUACCUUACAUAGCAAUGUAAUCUCUGCAUAUUAUUAUGUAUUCUGCAUUUUUAAUUUACAUUUUUCUGUGUAUGUAUUUCCAUAUAUUUGCCACUAGGAUUAAUUUAAUCAUGGGGGGUUUAUAUUUGUUCUCCUUUUUUCCUAUUUUGUUUGUCUGAAAUUUAUCUUAUUGCAGCAAGAACACAACAUGGCUCUGUCCUCUUAACCAGUUUUUAAGUGUACAAUACAGUAUUGGUAACUAUGUGUACAGCAGAUCUGUAGAACAUAUUGUCUUGCUUAACUGAGACUUUAUGUCCAUUGAUAACUGUUUACUUGUUCUUUGAUGUAUCCUUAGCAGGUAGAUGCAUUUUGCCUGGCACAUAGUAGGUGCUCAAUAAAAAACAUUGUUGAAUGUUGAAUGCAUUUGUAGACUCAUGUAUUUGUUGUUUUAAAUGACCAUUGUUUAAAUAGUGGACAUUUAAAAUCUCUGGUAUUGGGGCACUUGUGUGGCUCAGUGGAUUAAAGCCUCUGCCUUCAGUUCAGGUCAUGAUCCCAGGG